AGCAAUGUUGCCUUUCAGCAUUUAUGUCUUCGAAGAAUAAGACUUAAGAUGAUUGACGUUUCACGGACACCAGAGUUUUCCAAUUGUGGAAACAUUAAUUCAAUAUCGCACACAUCCUCUGACCAAGACCUCAGCUCUAUGGUAAGAGGUGGAACAAGGCAAAGGUCUCACUCCUAUUACAACCAAGAGGACGUUAAGAACUAUGGUGUGGAGAUACAGAAGGAGGAAAGCUGUUUAAGACCUCGCUCCAGAUCAUUUUACAGUUAUGAGACAUCAGAGCUGUACUCUGACUAUGAUGUUGGAAGCUUUAAACGGUCUAGUCUGCAGAGGCAGAAGACAAACUCCUCGCAACUCAACUAUCAAAUGACCAAAAAGGAGGAAAGACAAGAAGAAGGGUCUGCUGUUCGAGUAACAUCUAAGAAGUCUAAGUCCAAACUGAACAAGCUUUCAUCCUCUAGAGAACUUCAUGGCAGUAAAGGCAGUCUCAAGUCAGUGUCCAUGAUAACCAUCUCUGAGUCGGACAACUGGGAGAUUUGUUCCAGCUCUGGGAUGAAGUAUGGACAGUUUGUGGACUGGGAGAAGAUCGAUCCUGAAGCCGCAAAAAAAUAUGAGCAGAUCCUGAUGAGUCAGCAGCAGCAGCGGAAAACUAUGGGCCGAGAAGGAUUCUGGGCCUCACCACACACACUAAGGGCCAAAGCCUAUUAUCACAUCAUCCACAGCAUCAAUUCCAGGGCUGUCACUCCAGACAGAGAUCUCUACUAUGAACUGGCCAAGAACCUAUUUGGAGAACAGAAAAUCAGCAACCACCCAGUCCCAGAGUACAUGGAGGCUGGAGAAAUACCCAGAUACUGUCUCAACAAAGCAGGCCUGAAUUCUGUUAAGAAGAUCCUUCUCUGCCUCGGCAAACACUUCUCAGACAUGAACUUCUGCCCCAUCCUGCCUGCUCUGGUCUCCCUCAUCCUCCACUUCAGCGAAGAUGAAGCUGAGUGUUUCUUCAGUGUGUCCCGACUUAUCAGCUACGAUGACCCCAACAAGCGUUACAUUGACCAGACCUUUCUCACCUACCGCGCUUCCUGUAUGACCUUUGGAGACCUUGCCAACAAAUGUUGCAGAGGCAUUCGUAAGCUGAUCGCCAGCUCUCACCAGAACCUUUUUGAGUUUUACUCUGACUGGAUCAUGUGGAUAUUUGCUGACCUUCCGUUCACGUACGCCAUCAGAGUUCUGGAUGUCUACCUACAGGAGGGCUACAAAGUCCUCUAUAGGGUGGCACUGGCUUUGCUCAACCUCUACAAAGUAUCUGUGUCUUCUCGAGUGGCAGAUGUGGAGGAUUUUAGAACAGAUAUGAAGAGUUUUGUACAGAAUGUAGCUCGCCACUGCACGGCUGAGAAACUUCUGGAGAGAGCGUUCAUGAUUCCUAUGGCGACACGGAGAGAGCUCAACCUUCUAUUUAAUGCCAAUAAAGACUCCCUCAUGCAAAAAGGUGUCAGCAUUCACCAAAAGAGGCAGUCGGUCGAGACAGUGGACUUUGGCAACUUCAGCUCCAGUGUUGUAACAGGGACUGAAAUGAGAGUUGUCUGGGCCUGGAUACCUGAGCGCUUUGCCCUCUUCAGUCCCAUUAGGUUGUUCAGUGCAGCUGAACAUGAAAGAAGUCUUGCUUCAUUCUAUUCACAAGUGGAAGGACACGAACCAGCAGUCUUGAUUAUCAAAACGACAGAUGAAGAGGUGUUUGGUGCCUUCCUGUCUACAGAUAUGAUAGAGAGAAGAAAGCAUGACUCCCAGGGACUCGCAUAUUUCGGAACUGGGGAGUGUUUUGUUUUUACGCUCCGUCCCAGCAUGGAGCGCUACCAGCAGGCCAUGGUCAACAUCAUGACCCGAAGAGCUUCUCCUCAGCAGAUUCGAACCAGCGUCACCUCCCCUGCAACCCUGACUUGUCCUGCUGGGACCCCGCAGAAUCCCAGCUACCUGACAGUCCCCUUCACUGCACCAUCAGAGGAACCCAUGACUGCCAAAGAGCCCAAGAGACCUAAAGAGCAAGAAGCCUCCAUGUUCAUAGCAGGAGACAACAGUCGGCUUGUUAUUGGUGGCGAUGGGGGCCAUGCUCUCUGCCUGCAGGAAGACCUCGAGGGAGGAUACACUGAACUCUGUGACACGUUCAAGAGCAUCCCACUGUGCAAGGGACAUUUCAAGAUCCAGUCCCUGGAAGUAUGGGGCAUCCAGAACUCUAUUUCCUUAUCUCCCUGUUUUUCCUCCUCCUAAAAUAAUGAGAGCAGCCUUGUAAUUAUAUUUAUUUGGGUAAGCGCUGAUGGAGUUUUUGUUGAUGCUAUGUACGUGUACUUGAUUUUUAUGGAGCUUGCAGAUAUCUAUUUUGUGCAAUGCAAAUUUACACAAAUAUUGUAAAGAAACUGAGUCAGAUUUUACUUGAUUUGUCAAGCCAAGUUUGUUUGUACGGGCUUUAUCAUUUAUUAUGUUUUACUGGACUUUACCGUCCACAUGCAGUGAUUCCUAUCUCAGGGUACACAAAGACAAUCACAAAACACAAACAAUCUAAACGAUUUUAUCACAUAAGGAAGGCAACUAAUUUCAUAAUAACCAACAUAAAUCAAUAUGUAUUCAGUUUUGCCACGAAGGCUGAUUGUGAUAACAUUGCAGAAGAAACAUUAUAACUCUGUCUGGUCUCUCAUAAAGUCAACUUGUUUCAUAGAGUUUAGUUUGUUCUGCUGUCCCCACACCGCAUAUCAGCACAACAGCACCUACCGCUGCACCUUCUUUUUUUAUUAUUAUUUUGCAAGUUAGGUGCAUUUAAUUGAUUGUAAAUCAAACUUGAUGCACUUUUUUAUCACAAUCAAACAAUUUGUCUUCUUAAUGCCUCAUCAUUUGAUGUUGUAAACAUUAUUUUUGUGUAUUCAUAAGGAGGUGAAAAGCCAGUGAGUUUCUGAUUGAAAAUAUAUUCAUAUAUUACUGAACUCUCUGAAUUCCAAAUCUGGCAGACAUGUGUGUGCACAAUACAACAUAGAUGUUACUCAAACAGCUAUUAUAGCCUAUAGGCCUAUGUCGUAGCCUGUAGGUGUACGGUAGCUUUUAUAAAGAAAAUGUCACUGGAUAUACUAGCAAAUCUAGCCAAAUCAGGUAUUGUUUGCUAGCUGUAUUUGUUCGAGCGAUGGUGUUUUAGCUUAAUUUACCAAAAACUUCAUUUAAAUCCCUGGAGGUUGGAGAAAUCUGUGCUGCGUUUCUGUGCUGUUGGAACUGUUGCAUGUAGCAAAAAUGACUACUGUGCCUAUAGUCUUUUAACUUGUUCAACACAUUUUCCUUUUUAUAUAAAAAAUGUACACUUUCUUCUCGGCAUUAAUGCGACGCCACCAAGCACGUCUGCACCGCAUUAAUAAUUCAAUUAAACAGCGAUGACUCCAGGUUUUCGUCGAAACACGGGUACCGAACUUCCGUGGUACACUUGAAGGUAUCAUAGUUGGGGACGAGCAUCAACCCCAAAUUGCUUUAGCUUGUUUAGCAAGUUGCUGCGACUAGUUACCAUACAGUAUGAAGUACGAUAAACUUAAAGCCUUCCGGACCGAAAACGUGACAACAUUCGCCUGUAAGGAUUAUUAAAGAGGUGGGACUGAAUCCUUUUUGCCCUACUGAGUCUUGUACUGAUUGAUGUAGUUAGCUAACAUGUUAGCUUUAGCGAAGGUAGCUAGCAAACGUUGUAUAGCUGUAGCUUUUGUGUGUGUGUGUCCCAGGUAAACGCUCAUUUAGCAAUAAUCUCACAACAGUUUGGGUUACUGUGUCUUCAGACGGUGUCAUAUUAAACUCAGUUCACAACCAUUUCAGCAUAGUUUCCUUGCAAGCGUGCUGAUCAUGCUGCAAAGCAUCAAUAUAUGAGCUUUCUGAAUCAGCAGUCGGCGCUUAUUCAGAAAGCUGCAGUUCCAGAUGCAGCUUAUAAGUCCAGCUCAAGUUUUGUUUAGUGAGAUACAUUUUCUACUUCUAACAUUGUUUGGUUUGGCAUUCAGUUCAUCUUCCUCUUGCUAGAAAAGCUAGACGUUUCUAAUGUGCGGUUCGACUUCCCCCAAAUACGCAUUGUAAGUGGCUAAAUUAAACAGCUGUUUGAUGGAUCAUGUGAUUAAUAUCAAUGAUUGAUGCUGCUCAUAAAUGUUCCAUAUGGCACCUUGAAUGCUAAAUCCUGUUUCUGUCUGUUAAAAAUGGCCACCCAGUGGCCAGAGGGAUAUCACAAGACCUGUUUUGACAUCUGAGCUGAAUAUUAUUAAUAAACAGAACACUUCCCCGUA